CUGAUGUGGUAGAGAAGAGCAAGAGGAGGAGGAACACAAGGAUGAGGUUGGAGCAGUCCUUGCCUCUUCUGGGACUCCUGCUGUGUGUGGUUGGCACCGCAGCUCAGCAGGAAGACACCGAACUGCAGGAGGAAUUCCUGGUGGAGAUUUCCGGAACCACGGUGACAAUCACAUGUCCCUUGACUGAAGGCAGCAUCCUCUGGGAGUUAACUGGGACAAAACAAGCCAGCAAUGAGAGGAAGUUCGUUAUAGAGAAUCACGACAGCUCUCCUGCCAACGUGAGUUGUUCAUCAGGUGAUAAGAAGCAUGAAAUGUACCUGAACGCCAGAGUGUGCGCAAACUGUGAGGAGCUGGAUGCCUUGGCAGUGACAGGGAUCAUCACUGCAGACCUUCUCAUCACCUUCGGGGUGCUGAUUCUGGUCUAUUACUUCAGCAAAGACAGGAAGGGGAGAGCGAGCGCUAGUGCUGGCAGUCGGCCACGAGGUCAGAAGACGCAGCGUCCUCCCCCUGUUCCAAACCCGGACUAUGAGCCCAUCCGGAAAGGCCAGCGGGAAGUGUAUGCAGGCCUGGAGUCCAGGGGCUUCUGAAAUUCCCACAGCUGACAGGCUAGAAAACAGCAGCAGAGGGGCUAAGCGCUUCUGCCCAGCUCGGUACCGGUUCUCUGCAGGCCUGCUGAGGCUCAGGCGCUCUGCGGUAAGCCAGGCAGCUACACAGGACAGGCACCCUGCUGCCAUCCGCUGUCCCACCCUGAUGUGUUCCUUCAGCCUUCGGUUUGAAUUUGGGAAAAGAACAAAUGAGCACAUUGGCAAGAGAAGUUUUCCUUCUCAUUAAAGGACUGCAGCCUCACCCGUGGUUCCUGGCCUCCUUCUCCCUCACACUUCUCUCUCUGCUCCAGUUGCAUGCUCUGCUUUUCCCUCCCAUUUAAUUUCCGCCCUGAGUGCCUCCACUUGCUCCCUGUGCCUCCCUCGGUAGCUAGAGUGGGUCCUUCUCAGAGUGACUGGCCUCUGACCUUGUCCUGCUCUCAUGUUCAUAGCCUGUCUUGGUUUUGCUGCCCAGGAUUGUAACAAAAGGAACAGAGGCAGUCAGCAUAUAAAAACCAAAAUGGUACAUUUUCAUAGAAAAGCCACUGCUUUGAAUGAAAAUAUUUCAGUCAGAAAGAACACUUUUCCUUUAAAAAAGUGAGAAGCACUUCUACCAGUACACGCAGACCGACCUGUCCAUCCCCCAGCCCUUCUUCUGUAGGAAAUGAGUGGGGCUGAGUACCACUUUGCAUCCAGCGACCUUUAUGUUUCAGACCUUCGGCAGAACAUCCUCAUAGGGUCACAUGAGGAUUUGGCGCCUUCCCAAGCCAUCUGAAAGCCUCCUAUUAGGAAAUGUAAGUGCUUGGCUUAAAUCUUUGUUGCUAUUAAAUAGUGAGGCUCUUAGGUAUUUCAGCUAAGAUCUGAACCCCCACUUAGCAAUGAGUGUCAGCUUUGCAGUCUGACUGAGACAGCACAACAGGGAUUUUCAUGUUUCCCAGAUAGGAACUGAGACCCUUUAGCUCAGCCCCAGGACUAGCACUCUGCUCUGAAACAGCUUGGUCACUGGAAUUGAAAUGAAUGCAUUGGGGUCACAGAGAUAAAGCCCAGGACCUACAAAAUCCAAGAGAGCAUCAAACCCUUUUGCUAGGCUGUCCUUCUCAUCCCAGAGACUUCAUGGACUCAAUUUUUACUGAUAUUCUAUCGUGUAGUCUAGGAUAAACACAUUUCUUUGAGCGUGUUGUACCCUAAGGGGUGUACAUUUGCUGGUGGAGUUUCAUUUUCCAGAGCUAUCGCUCUUGGAGAUUCUUGUGAUUUGUCCUCUGCUGCUGCCCUUUCUCUCCCCAUUUCAGCUCUGUAACUUGAGUUCU